AUGUGUUUUUUUUUGACUUCAUGGGCGUAUUGUACAUGUCCAGAUGGAAAUACUUUGAACAUUCAAUAUGGGGUUACAACUGUUAAUGAUUAUGAAUACCAUCAAUGCACAAAAAUACAACAAGUUAUUUUCCCAAUUUCGAUUGAAACAAUUGGAGAAUAUUCGUUUUCCGAAUGUUCUGGAUUAGUUAAGGUUGAAUUACCUGAAAAUGUUAAAUCAAUCGGAAAAUCUUCAUUUUCAUAUUGCAAUCUAUUGAAAUGUAUUGUUCUUCCAAAAUAUCUCACCAAAAUUGAUGAUAUGUCAUUUUUCAAAUGCGAAAGCUUAUUGAAUAUCACUCUCCCAAAUACUUUGACAUCAAUUGGUGAUUAUGCAUUUUCUUAUUGCAUUUCUCUUCAAAAUUUUAAAUUUCCAGAAAAUUUAACUUAUAUUGGCAAGCAUGCAUUUAAUUUUUGUUUAAAUUUAACAAUUCUCCAUCUUAAUACAGCAAUGACUAGGAUUGAAGAUCAAUCAUUCUAUCAAUGCAUUUACGUUAAGUCCCUUAUUCUCCCACAAAAUUUGAUUUCAAUUGGAGAUUUCGCGUUUUUUGAUCUCAAUUUUUUAACAACAGUCGAAAUCCCAAGCUCAUUACGAACAAUAGGCGAUAGGGCAUUUUCACAGUGCUUUGCAUUGCAAAAAAUUGAAUUUUAUAAUUCACUAACCACAAUUGGAAGUUAUUUAUUCGCUAAUGAUCGUUCUCUCACCGAAAUUAUACUUCCUUAUUCACUUUCUUAUAUCGGGGAAGCUGCAUUUUACUAUUGUUCAUCUUUAAUUUCAAUAGCACUUUUUAAUAACAUCCAUUCUAUUCCAAACUAUGCUUUUUCUGGUUGCUCUUCAUUAGUCAGCGUUCAGCUACCAUAUUAUUUAUUUGAAAUAGGCGAUUAUGCGUUUUCAGAUUGCUACAAAUUAUCAACACUUAAAUAUGCCAAUAAUUUGGUCUCAAUUGGUGAAUGCGCAUUUUCUGGUUGUAGUAGUUUAUCUUCUUUUGAUUUUCCAUGUACUUUAUCACAAAUUUCUAAUUCUGCUUUUAUUUAUUGCCAAUCACUACGAUCAGUUACUUUACCAGAAUUGAUAACAACAGUAGAUGAUUAUUCAUUCUAUAAAUGUUUGGAGCUCACGAAUAUUACUUUACCACAGAAUUUAACUUCAAUUGGCCAAUUUGCUUUUUCUGGAUGUGAUGCACUACAAAAUAUAAUAAUAUUAACAAAGAAUAACAUUUCAAAUCAAAUUAGUCAAACAGCAUUUUACAACUCUUCUUCAAUUAAUACUUUAAUUUACAAAUCAGCUGCUUUCCCUAUUACACCUAGCUGGUUAAAUGUGAAGACUAUUGUUUUUAAUAGUUUGGAACUAUCUUCUCUUCCCAAUUUGACUAAUUUUUCCAAUCUGAGAAACUUGUUCAUAUACAAAACCGGAGAAAACUUUUCAAUUCAUAAUAACCAUAUAAUCAGCGAUAAUAUUACAAUUGAAAUUUCAAAUUCAAUUUCUCAAAUUGAGGAUUUUGCUUUUUCUAAAUGUGAUAUUUUUAAAUUUUCAUAUUGUGGAUUUAACAAACUCGAGGGAAAUUAUUUAAGAAAUGCUAUAUCAUGUCAUAAUGUUAUUGUAUCAAAUGAUUAUAAAUUAGAGUCAUUGGGAGGACUUAAAAUAACUAGAUACUCUAAGCAAUGUUGA